UUUUAAAAUAUAUCAUUUUGAAACAGAAUAAAUAUUUUUUUUGUCUCAUAACAUGCAUAUAACUAAUGAAUGGCAAAUCAAAACGGAUAAGGAGUACUGUAAACUUUUGAACACAUUCUGUGACUAUCCCUACUGGCCAAUGCUCAAAUAUGAUUUGCUAUAUCUCCAAUUGCAAAGCAAAUUCCAUAGUUUGUGUAUCUCCACUCCAAGUACGCGUCAACAUUUAUAGUCUAAUAGUAUUGUACACCUAGCGCUAUAACAAAACACAGUAUAUGCUAAAUUUAUUAUAUUCUAACAAAGCCUCUAAAAGAUAAAGAUAAACCUUAUGUAACUUUAAGAGUAACUUAAUAAACAAGGAAAAAAAUAUUAUUUAAGAAAAUCCUAAUCCUAUAAAUUCAUGGGCGUACACUCUAGUCAACACCUCACAAAAACAUACGAAAACAUUUCUUCUCUUUUAUUACCCAAAAGCAACAGAAAAAAAAGAACCAACAAACAAUUUCAAAAUUUUUGAAAGCAAUGGACCAAGAACAAACACCACAUAGCGCAACCGGCCAUAGCCACUCACCUUCUUCCUCCGCUUCCGGUACCACCUCAACCGAACAAGUUCGGUCACGAUGGUCACCUAAACCGGAACAAAUACUCAUACUUGAGUCGAUCUUCAACAGUGGUAUGGUUAACCCUCCAAAAGAAGAGACGGUAAGGAUACGGAAGAUGCUGGAGAAAUUCGGCAAGGUGGGAGAUGCAAAUGUCUUCUACUGGUUUCAAAACCGGCGGUCAAGAUCUCGCCGAAGGCAGCGGCAACUCCAGGCUGCAGCAGCAGCAGCGACCACAACCACCAAUACUUGUGACCAGACCAUGAUGGUGAGCAACAACUUGCCACAGCAUAGUGGAAGUGAUUUGGGGUUUGGAGGUUGUAGCACUUCUAAUUACUUAUUUGCUAGCUCUUCUUCUUAUGGCGUUGGAUGUGAUAAUCAUAGCAAUAAUGGCAUGGAGAAUCUCUUAACAAUGUCUGGUGAAAUGGGUUACCAUGAAGCUAAUCAGCAUCAUUAUAACUAUCAUAGCUCAAAUGUCGAAUCAAUUUUGUGCCCAUCUGAACAAAGCUCCAAUUAUCACUACCAACAAGGGUCUAUAACGGUGUUUAUAAACGGAGUUCCAACAGAAGUGACCAGCGGAGGUAUUGAUAUGAAAGCAACGUUUGGAGAAGAUUUGGUUUUGGUGAAUUCCUCAGGUGUUCCUCUUCCUACUGAUCAGUUUGGGUUUUUGAUGCUUAGCUUACAACAUGGUGAAGCUUAUUUCCUGGUUCCAAGACCGACAUGAACUGGCUUUACUCUUGUGUUAUGUGGUGAUUCAACAGAUGCCUUGUUAUUCUACCUUAGUCUAUAUGGCUGCGGUCCAUCCAUUUUUUUCCUUUUCUUUAUGAAUCUAUCGUGUAAUAAAAGUUUCUUCUGUUGUCUCUUUGUUUUGUAAUCUAAUUAAAUAAAUAAACGAAGUCAAAAUCUCUUCUAAAA